UGGUGAUAAGCUCUGACAUAGGGCAGUUAUAAAAGGCCUGAACAUUUUUGGCUAAUGCACUAUCCUCAAGGUUUGCAACAAGUAUAGCUCAUGUUAUUUGAGGCUUCUGGGCACGGCAACAAAAUGAUUUGGCAAGUAAUUGGCAUAGCACUUGCAACGGCCUUCUUGUGGAGAGUUCUCGCGUCACUGAAACAGGUUGUGAGUUGGAGGAAUGCCAUUAAGAAGCUGCCCACUCCGUCCGGAGCGCACUGGCUCUUUGGCCACCAAAAGCAACGUCCUUUCGAUCCCGGCUUCAAGUGGUUGUUGGAUACCGUGAAAGCCUUUCCCCGCGUCUACACCGUGUGGCUAGGACCAAUGCCUUUUCCCGUUCUGGUCCAUCCCGAAACCAUCAAACCGCUGCUGACGGGGGCUGUAGCCAGCGAGAAGUCUCCAAUGUACGAACUCUUGGCCGACUGGGUAGGCGAGGGGCUAGCAACAUCAAAGGGGGCCAAAUGGAAGAGGAAUCGCCGGCUCUUGACUCACUCUUUUCACCUGGACGUCCUCCGUACGUACUCCGUUGCAUAUAACGACUGUGUGGAGGUACUGCUGGGGAAGAUGGACCAACUAGCUGUCCAGGGCAAGCCCAUUGAUGUCAACCAUGAGCUUGUGCUUGCUACAUUUGAUGUUAUUCUCCGCACUGCCUUUUCCUACAAAUCGAAUUGCCAGCUUCAAGAGCUGCCAAAGGAGGAUGGCUUGGAUGUUUUGUCUGCUUGCGAUACCAUGACUUGGUUUAUCCAGGAGCGCCAAUUCCGUAAUCCUUUUCUAUUAAACCCGUGGAUUUUCCGGUUGAGUUCCGACUAUCCCAGGUAUAAGAAGGCCUUCAAGUACCUCCGUAAACUGGCUAAGCAAAUUAUCGAAGACCGAACGAAGGAAAUCACCGCGAAGAUGGAGGCUGGUAACCCCAUCACUAAGCCACGCGAUUUCUUGGACACACUUGUGAUGGCUAGAGAUGCCGAUGGCAAGGGCUUCACUAUGGAGGAAAUGUCCGACGAAGUUAAUUCCUUCAUGUUCGCCGGCCACGAGACUACGGCCACCUCAAUGACCUGGUUACUGUACAACCUGGCAAAGUACCCUGAGCACCAGACGAAGAUUAGGGAAGAAGUGAAGGAGAUUCUGACCGAUAGAGACACGGACAGAAUUACGAGCAAGGACCUCAGCCGUAUGGAGUAUAUGACCCUUGUCAUCAAGGAGUCCAUGAGAAUGAUGAACGCAGCACCGAUGAUCAGUCGCACCGUGACCGUUCCGUACAAAGUGGACGACGUUACAAUCCCCGCUGGAACUAUGGUAUUUCUCUGCCUUCACCAGCUCAAUCAUAAUCCCAGCGUCUGGGGCCAAGACCACAUGGAGUUCAAGCCCUCUCGAUUCCUGCCCGAGAACCUCUCCCAGAUGGACCCAUUCGCCUACGUGCCGUUCUCAGCCGGAGCGAGGAAUUGCAUUGGGCAGCAGUUCGCCUUGAACAAGAUCAAGGUGUUUGUGGGUCGAAUCCUGAUGAGGUUCCGUCUGAGUCUGGUUGACGGGGAACCAAAGCCGGUUCCACAGAUGAACCUCGUCACUAAACCAGUGAAACCAUUGUAUAUCGCCAUCGAGCAAAUCAAAGGAAAUUAAAUCCCGUAUACAGUGAAAAUGGCAGGAACCCACAUUUUUGAGGAAUGUUUGUGAAAUUUCAGCAUCAUUCAUCGGUUUAUGGCAAAUUCUACCAAAAAAUAAGUACCUUAAUGCUUGAUUUGAAUAAAAAUGCGGUACAAGCGAUUCUUAAAUAAAUAAAUAAAUUGUAUAUACCUUAAGUGUAUUAACUUUAAAAGAAAGUAGAAUCCAUAUUAUAAUCGAUUACAGUUAAUAAGCCAAGGUAAUGCGUCCUGAUUUAUAUAAGAUACAAUUUAAUCAAAUGCAUAGUUUAUAUCAAAGCUGCUGUAUAAAUUGUGUUCCUGUGGUUCAUACUGUUGAUUUGCUUUACGACUGCAGUGAGAAGAUUUGAAUUCUUUUCCGCUCAGUUAAUGUAUUGUAGUGGAGUUGUGAUAAUCUGUUUAUUAAAUGUCUUUUUAUUGUUACUUCUUCCUGUGUUAUGGUAGCGAUAGAUCCGCAUAAAAAUAAUACUGUAGUGUUCUUUGUGUAUACAAAUGAUAAUUUCUCAUAGUUUUAACUGUAAAUAAAUGGAAACAAUUUCACGCGGACUUAUUAACUUGCAUUAUAAUGCCUUGAAGUUAGUGGAUUUCAAAAUUACGCACUUUAAGGUCUGUUAAGCUGAAGAUAUUUGAAAAAAAUAUUUAGUUUUUGAUUCUUGGUAGUUAGUGAGAAUAUUUAUAAAAGUGUGUUUGCUCGGUUUCAAUUCUUUAAGACUACAGAAAAUAACAGUGGUCCCCAUGUUACAUAGCCUAUCGUUGCAUUGUUUAAAGGAUGAAUAUUUGCGUGAAAUAUUGGAACUUUCGACAAAACUAAAUUUUGAUAAAAUUAGCUUUUGAAAGCACCUCCUACCGCAUAUUUAGCUGGUUUAAGACGCUUUAGUAUUAGUUUUGGCUUUUUGGUUUAUGGUUAUACAAAAAACAGGUUGCAUUUUAAAGAACUUUAGCUUGAAUAACUUGUAAGCCCCAUCAUAAAAAUUGACAUAAUUUGAUGAACUUCUGACGAUCAUCCUCCGUCAUUCUUAUUAUGUAGAUAUAUUUAACAGUCUUUCUGCCUUAAAUUAAUAAACAUUUGUACUGACACUCUUA